ACCUCCAAGGCCACCCCCACAGCCACAGCCACAACCAGAGCCGCAGGUCCAAAAGAGGCAGCACCAACGCCAGCGCACUUUGGCAGAGCAGCCACCGGCAGCUCCCAUCCGCGUCCAGGUGAUGGAAGCCCGCCCCAGCUCUGGUGGUGGCGCCCGCGGCGGCACAUCCUUAAAGGGGCUGCGACAACAAAUGGUUGCUGAAGCCCAAGCAAUUGCUGAUGAAAGACGAAAUCGAAAUCAAUUUAAUUCUGUUGCAUCCCAACAGUCAAAUCUAAAGUCGUCAGUUAAACCAGUUAUAGAUGGAUCUGUACUCCGAAAUGACUCAAAACAAAAAAUGGUAAAGGAACGCAGGGAGGAGAAGAGAAGACAAGAAGAUGUCAACAAAGAAUCACAACUGCGUGAAAAAGAACGAAAAGCCAAACUCCAGUACGAAAAGCAGAUAGAAGAGAGACACCACAAAAUGAAAGAACAAAAAGACAAAGAUGAGUGUAAGAGGAUAUCUGCGGAAGAAAAAAGGAGGCAGAAGUUGGCAGAAGAACAGGCAAAAUUUAAAGCUGUCGUUCAUCGUACUUUGGAGCGGAGUAGUCGUGUUGGCCGACAACAAAAGAGGUGGUCGUGGGAAACCUCCUUUCCCCUGGAUUAUGACAGCAAAUUGGGAAUAAUGAAAAAUAAAAGAAGCUCAUCUCUAAGUCGAAAAGAUAAACUGCAUUCUUAUGACAAAAAAAUGGAGUGCGGGCCAGACAGCAGUACCCCUGUGUUCCGAUAUGUACACGUGCCUUUACGCAGAUAUAGCAUGGAAGAAUGGAAGUCCACCUCCUUGCUUCCUACCACAGAAGUGAAGACCCCUUCUCAAACCGCAUUGGAAGCAACUACACAGAAAAAAGAAGAAACACCUCCCGAGGAGAGUGUGGAGGCACCCCCUGAGGCUAGCUCCUCGGAGGCGCCCCCUGAGAGCAGCGCUGAGGUGCCCCUCGAGGAUGCCCCAGAGAUGUCCCCUGAAGCCGUGAAGGAAGCAUUUCGCAAGGCAAAUAAGGGAGCACCACCCCAGGUGACUGUGGAAAUGCUGCCCAGGGCAAGAGGGGAUGCGCCUCCCAAAGUGAAAGUGGACACUCCAGCACCUUCAGAGCAUCCAGUAAGGGCCAUACAGUCCUUGUGUCCUCUUGGCAAGAAGCGCCCAUCGUCGCUGGCACCGUGUCCGAGAUGGCCGUCCUCCGCCCCUGGCUGGCAUCUCCCAUUUUCUCAGUACACCAACAGGGAAAUUCAUAAGACCAGUCCCUCACCUUCACCAUUCACAUCAAAACAAUCAAUACAGAAUUCUCAGGUCAAUAAAAUGACACCUGACCGACGUGCUCAGUUUUCACAAAACGUAUUACCCUCUUUACCAAAGAAAAGAGAAACUUUGAAAACUACAAGAAAAUCUGAGGCUGUGAGCAAAAAGCAUGUGGUCUUUCAAGAGUCUGAUAGUAAAAGCACAUCAGAAACAAUGAAUGCCGAGGAGGCCACAAACAUUUUAACAGAAAAACGUCAUCUUGCUCGUGAACAAAAAGUCAGAGAUGAAGAAGAAAGACUACAAAAAGAAAUGGAACCAAGCACUGCUAUAAAAGUGAAAGACUUAAUGAAGAAAACAGCUGAAGAUCAACCCCAAGAAGUCUCCAAAUUUGAUGAUAAAAACCUACACAAGGAAAUUGGGAACAAGAAAGGAAGUCAGAAAAAUUCAGAGACCCUGCCACAGGAAGAGGAUAUCAGAGUAAUAGCUCCAGAAGAAGCUGGCAAUUGCAAAAAGGAGCACGAGAGAAUUAUGUUGCAAAAUUUACAAGAAAGAUCAGAAAGAAAAAAGAGAAUUGAGGAAAUAAUGAAGCGGACACGAAAGACAGAUGCAGGUGCUGCCAAGACUGCAGAAACAUCUGGCAAUGAAACGUGUAAGGAAGACGAGGCUGAUGAUGAAGACACAACAGCGAGCGGAAGUGAUAAGGAUUCUUCAGAUUCGCUGUUCUCACCAGGUCGCGGUUUCACAAAGCUGAAGACAAUACCUAGAAGGCUGGUGUUUUUGAAAGACAGCUCAGAACCGAUCUAUACAGAGACAAACAUAUAUUUUAAUGCCGAAGUAAGCAGUGUCAUGCCAACAAACAAGAACGACCACUUAGCUCAUGGCAAAAGGUGCAGACCAUCCACCAAAAGAGCAUCCACAUGUAAACCCAAAACCAAGAAAGCCAAUGAGACCAAGAGCACCUCCAAAUGUACUCCAUGUCUUGAACCUAACCAAGAGAAGGCUGGCAACACUGCCGCUGCCCCAACUCAUGAUGGCAUAUCUGAAUCAGCCAUCACAGAUAUUCGUUCUGGGAGCCGCGCACAAAACUUAAUGGGUUCCACAACAUUGAGCCAAAAUCCUGAAAUGUCUUCUGACAACAAGAAAAAAAGAAAUCGUGAUGCUUCAGAUGUGUAGACCUCUUCGCACCUAAGAAAUGAAUACAUCUGCCACCCAUCUAGCUCAAAUCCCAGGUCUUAUUCCCCAAACUUCUCGGUGCAAGCGGUAAAGCUGGCAAAGGAAAACAAGAGAAGAAAUAGACAAGACAAGCAUCCGAGGGUCAUCUUGACGUACAGUUCCUAAGGUAUUCAUAUCGCCGUUUGUGUACAAGCAUGAGUUCCAAGGAAAUGAUCCUCCUUGCUUUCAUUAAAUAUUCACCAGUGUUUUCCAUUCCCGUGUUUUGCUUUCCGGUACAUGUGCUGGCAUAAAUGCAGCUCAGAACCGUUCACGUGAAGUGGUAACUGCCAGCUUUGUGUGGGGUCCUCCUGAAGGAAGGUUCUCUUUCUGUGCAUAUUGAAAAUCAUAACAUAAUCAUUUUUCUGUGUGACACUGACUUUAAUUUCAACAACUAAAAACUCAGUUUGAUCUGGUAGAGAAUAAAAUGGAUUAUGUUAAUAUCUCAGGAUUUCUCCCAAGAGCCAUACCAGAUUUCUAAUAUAUAAAUGCUGAAAAUUACAAAAUACCAUCAAGCAUAUUUUACUGUGAUAGAUGUGUGUUUCUAACUCUGCCAUUGUUAGUGCCAGGCCCACAGAUCCAGGAGCAUGAAAAAGCC